AUGGCUCGGGGGCUGUGCAGCACAGCCAGCCUGGUGCGCUUCUGCCAGAAGCUGAACCGGCUGAAGACACUGGAGGAGCCCACCACGGAGACAUCGCUACGGCGCCACCUGACCAUGCUGCACCUGAUCCUGCUGGGUGUGGGUGGUAUGGUGGGCUUCGGCCUCUACGUGCUCACAGGCACCGUGGCCAAGGAGAUGGCUGGCCCUGCAGUGCUUGUGUCCUUCUGUGUGGCUGCCGUGGCCUCCCUGCUGGCAGCCCUAUGCUAUGCAGAGUUUGCAGUGCGUGUGCCCGACAGGGGCUCUGCCUACCUGUUCACCUACAUAUCCAUGGGCGAGCUGUGGGCCUUCCUCGUUGGGUGGAACAUGUUUGUUGACUGCCUCAUUGUUGGUGCUGCUGUGGCCCGCGCCUACAGCAGCUACCUGGAUGCUAUCUUCAGCCACCAAAUCAGCAGCUUCACCAAGGCCCAUGUGGGCAUCUGGCAGGUGCCCUUCCUGGCCCAGUACCCAGACUUCUUGGCUGCUGGCAUUGCACUUUUGGCUUCUGCAUUCAUCACCUGUGGAGCCCGUGUCUCUUCCUGGCUCAACCGCACCUUCUCUGCCAUCAGCCUGGUCGUCAUCCUCUUCAUCAUCAUCCUGGGGUUUGUCCUGGCCCGCCCGCACAACUGGAGCACUGAGGAGGGCGGUUUUGCACCCUUCGGCUUCUCCGGUGUCAUGGCUGGGGCUGCCACCAGCUUCUACGCCUUCAUGGGCUUUGAUGUCAUUGCUGCCUCAAGUGCGGAGACCCAGAACCCAAAGCGAGCAGUGCCCAUGGCCACCGCCAUCUCGCUUGGCCUGGUGACUGGUGCCUACAUCCUCAUCUCCACAGUCCUCACCCUAAUGGUGCCCUGGCACCUCCUGGACCCUAACUGGGCACUUGCUGAUGCCUUCUACCAGCGGGGCUAUAGCUGGGCAGGCUUCAUCGUGGUGGCUGGUGCCAUCUGCGCCAUGAACACUGUCCUGCUCAGCUCCCUCUUUGCCCUGCCACACAUGGUGUAUUCCAUGGCCGCCGACGGGCUCUUCUUCCAGGUGUUUGCCCACGUGCACCCCCUGACACAGGUGCCUGUGGUGAGCAUCCUGGUGUUCGGGUUCCUCAUGGCUUUCCUGGCUCUGCUGGUCGAAUUUGAGGCACUAGUGCAGUUCCGCUGCAUCUGUGCACUGCUGACCUACACCUUCGUGGCCACCAGCAUUAUCGUGCUUCGCUUCCGAAGGUCCCUGCCAUCCAGUUCUCAGGGCCCAGGCAGCCCUGUGGACACACAGCAGGCCCCAGCCCCUGAGCCUGGGCAGCUGCGACCAGCCCUGAGGCCCUACCUUGGCUUCCUGGGUGGGUGCAGGCCUGGAGCCGCUGUGGCCUGGGCGCUCAGUGUCCUGGUGGCCUCGGCCAUCACCCUGGACUGUGUGCUGGUCUUCGGAGACUUGGCCCUGCACCUCCCGCCCUGGGGCUACACCCUGCUGCUCCUGCUCAGCUCCGCCACGUUUCUGCUCAGUCUCCUAGUCCUGGGGGCCCACCAGCAACAGCGCCGGCAGGACACCUUUCAGGUUCCCAUGACGCCCCUGACUCCCGCCCUGAGCAUCCUCCUCAACAUCUUCCUCAUGCUGCACCUGAGCUACCUGGCCUGGCUGCACUUGUCCAUCUGGCUGCUGAUGGGACUUGCAGUAUAUUUUGGCUACGGUAUCUGGCACAGCAAGGAGAACCAGCGGGAGCGGCAGGUGUUGACAGCCCCACACAGCAGCCUGGAGGAGAUGGUGCCAGCCCUGCAGCCCCCUAGCCAAACACCGGCCCAGGAGCCCAGACACAUGGAGCAGCCCGCCAGUCCAUGA